AUGUUUCUUCUUCUCUUUUUCUUUCUUUCUUCUUCUCUUUUUCUCUUUUUCUUUCUUUCUUCUUCUUCUUCUUCUUCUUCUUCUUUUCUCUCUCUUCUUCUUCUUUCUUUUUUUUCUUUUUUUUUCCCACUGCUUCAGCCACCUUUUAUCAGGCCAACACCAAUCAGCGUUCUUCGCUUUUAUUCUCGAAUUUUUCUUUUUUCCUUUCAUUCUUUUUUUCACUCACAAACACUCCCUAUUUCUCUCUCUGUGUCUAUUUCUCUCUCUCUCUCUCUCUCUCUCUCUCUCUCUCUCUCUAUCUCUCUCUCUCUCACGUACUCGCUCCAGCCAAAUAUACUUUGCUGUUUCACAUUUUCUAUUUUAAUUUUAUUUAUUUACUCUCCUCUUUCUUUCUCUCACUCGCACUCUCUCUCUCUCACUCAAUCUCUUUCACUCACUCUUUCUCAACUUUGCUCCUGUCAUGUUUAUUUGUGUAAUUUUAUUAUUUUUCCCAUUCUUUCCUUCUUCCUUUCUUUCCUUCUUCCUUUCUUUCCUUCUUCUUCUUUCUUUCUUUCUUUCCUUCUUUUUUCUUUCUUCCUUUGCUUCUCCCUUUUUUCUUUCUUUCCUUCUUUCUUUCCUUCUCUCCUUCUUUCUUUCCUUCUCUCCUUCUUUCUUUCCUUCUUUCCUUCUGCCUUUCUUUCUUUCCUUCUCUCCUUCUUUCUUUUUGUCCUUCUUUCCUUUCUUUCCUUCUUCCUUUCUUUCCUUCUUUCUUUCUUUUUCCCUCUUUCUUUCCUUCUUUCUUUCUUUCCUUCUUCCUUCUUCAUUUCUUUCUUUCCUUCUGCCUUCCUUCCUUUCCUUCUUUCUUCCUUUCCUUCUUUCUUCCUUUCCUUCUUCCUUUCUUUCCUUCUUCCUUUCCUUCUUUCCUUUCUUUCUUUCUUUCUUUCCUUCCUUCCUUCUUUCCUUCUUCCUUUCUUUCCUUCUUCCUUUUUUCUUUCCUUUUUUCCUUCAUUUCUUUCUUUCCUUCAUCCUUUCUUCCUUUCUUUCUUUCCUUCUUUCUCUCCUUUCUUUUCUUUCAAAAUCUCUCACUCUCUCUCACACUCACUGUCUAUCUCAUUCUCUCUCUCUCUCUCACACAGACACACACACACAUUCUCUCUCAAAUUUGCUCCUGUCAUGUUUAUUUUUGUAAUUUUAUUAUUUUUAUUUUUAUUUUUCAUUCUUUCUUUUUCUUUCUGUCUUUCUCUCUCUCUCUCUCCCUCUCUCUCACUCACUCUUUUCUACUUAUUCUUUCCUCUUUCUCACUAG